AUGACUACAGUCCCAAGAGUGUAUGUCUUAGGAAAUUCCUUAUUAUCUAAUUAUUUUGCUUAUGAAAUCGCACAGCUGAAAGCACAACAGAGUAUACCGAAUAUUGUACUACUACUUAACGACCAAAAGAAAUUAAAUAGAUUUCUCGAUGGAAGCUCGAAAUUGACAAAGGGAGGAACAACUGAGGAAUCGAUUCAGUUCAUGGCAGCAUGUUCCCCGCCAACAUUUGCAAGUGGGAAACCUGCUAUAAUGGAGAACCUUAUACUAGCAGACAAUAGUAAAAAGAACAUAUCGCAUUUGAUAACCAAGUACCACAAUUCUUUGGAUGAGACCUCUAAUGUUCUGUUAUUGAAUCCACCCGUAGGGUCGAUAGAGUACCUUUAUGAUAAGAUAAUGACUAGAGAUAAAUACCCCAGACCACACAUGCUUCUUGGUAUGACGAAACAGGGUGACUCCACCGUAAGUUUAAUAAAUAACAAGAGGACAAAUUAUAUUCCAUAUUCAGAAUUUGAAGUAUCGCCUAUAUUAAGUGACAGAAAGUUGAGUGUCUUGUUAUGUUCAGUACCGGAAUCAUAUAAUACCUUUGAUUUGUCUCUGGAGACCACCCAGGUAAAAGAUCUUUAUAAAAAUAAAUUGGUUAACUUAUUGCAAGAUACACAGAAUAUAUCUGUCCAAAUAUUAAGUUACUCGGAGUUAAUGAUAAUCCGUUUUGAGAAUUUAAUUGUAAAUAGUUGCAUUGAAUCUUUGGCUGUUUUGUUCGAUUGUAAAUAUAUUCAUGAAUUAUUAAAUGCACCAAGAUCAGAAUCAAUUUUGAGGUCAUUAAUACAAGAACAAGUGAAGAUUAUUUCAAUGGGAUACCCCUUUCUAACGGAAUUGCCUCAUUAUGAUAUUGCAUUUGAUAAUGGACGAUUAUACGAUAUAAUCGCAAAUAAAUUAGAACAGGGGAAAAGAACAAAGAGCGUUUUAAAUAUUCAACAGAAAGCCCUUAACCAAACAGAUAUAAAGCAACUGACGGGAUAUUUUGUAAGGCUUGCAUAUAAAUGUAAAACGGAUUGCCGAUGGAAUAUGACAAUCAGCUGGUUGAUAGAGUGUAAAGUAGAGUUACAGAAAGCAAGAGCUUUAGAUUACCAUUAUCUGUAG